GGAUAUAUAAUCUCUCCCUAUAUAUUCUGCAUGCAUUGAGGUAGCCUCAACCCCCCCCCACAGGGACCCGAUCCGGUGGAGCCUCUUUCACACAACUGCUACUUGAAGGGGCAGUUUGGCGUAAUAGCAGUCAAGAUCGGGAGAACAUAAGAUGGUGGAGAAAACAAGAGCGGAGGACACCAAGGUUAUUCUAAUGGGAAAAAAGGAGCAAAUGAUACCAAGACAAGCUCAUAACAGAGAUCUAAUCGCCAGAGGUGUACGGAUGAAAACACAGUGAGAUGAGUCAGAAAACGGUUAAGGAGGGCCCCAGACUCUCCAAGAACCAGAAGUUUUCGGAGCACUUCAGCAUACAUUGCUGCCCGCCAUUCACCUUCCUCAACUCCAAACGGGAGAUCGUGGAUCGGAAGUACAGCAUCUGUAAAAGUGGCUGCUUCUACCAGAAGAAAGAAGAGGACUGGAUCUGCUGUGCCUGCCAGAAGACCAGCACCAGCCGCCGGGCAACAUCCCCUCAGAGGCCCAAGCAACAGCCAGCGGCACCCCCCGCGGUGGUCAGAGCACCGGCCAAGCCACGGUCCCCUCCGAGGUCCGAGCGUCAACCGCGCCCCCGCCCAGAGGUCCGACCACCACCAGCCAAGCAGCGCCCCCCUCAGAAGUCCAAGCAGCCGCCGCGCAGCAGCCCCCACAGAGGGCCGGGCACCAGCCGUGGGGGGUCCCCCAUCAAAGCUUCUAGAUUGAAAAGGAGGAGCAAGCCGACCCCACGGAAGAAGUGAGGGGGCAGUUUCAAGCGAAUGGACCACCUCAGCACCUGGACUCACUGCUUCUUGACCCCCGUGCCCUUGGGCAAGUUAUCUGGCUUCCAGUAGGAUGCAGGGACAGACACCGGCUGAUGUGGCAACAGCUGAUGCCCAUAGGCUCCUCGGUGCGGGGGCCGCCUGGAGCCUUGUGAAGAUGUCAUCCUACUGUCUUCUGAUGGCCAAUGGGAAAUAUGUUGUCAGUCUGCCUGUCCUUCCAUUGACUCAAGUUUCUUCAAUUUGAAGAUACAUAUCUUUCUUCAGGGAUGCAUGAAAAAAAAAAAGAGAGAUUGUUGUAUAACCAUCAUAAUGGCAAAAAUUAAAAAUUAUCGUGUUGGCAAAGAUUUGGGGAAAAAUUCUGAUAAGCCAUUGAUGAAAAUUUAUAAAUUAUUGUGGUACUUCUGGGGUCCAAUCUGGGGAUGCUAGCAAAACAGGAUAUUGUAUAACUUAGGAUCAAGCAAUUAUUUUAAAAAAGCAAUUAUAAUUUUAGGUACUGAUCCUGGAGAAAACUUGCAUUUAUGGGAAAAGGAGGCACACAUACAGCUGUUCAGCAAAGCCUUGUUUGCCAUUGGCAAAAAAAAAAAAAAAAAAAGGGAGAGAGAAAGGGAAAGAAAUUAAUAAAAAUGUCCACUAAUAGGAGAAUGAGUAAAUCAAUGAUGGUAUGUUCAUAAAUAAAAUUUUGAACAGCAGUUAAGACAAAGUGAAACAUAUAUGCCUACACCAGAUAAACACAUUUGGAAGACAAAUGAGGAAUAGAAAAAGCAAAUAGUAGAUGGUAACUGCAAUCUGAUGCCCUCUGUGUACUUUUUAACCACCCACAGUAUUAUAUUUCCACAGUAAGCAGAAACCAUGAGCUCUCAAACGCUCUCUAUAAUGGAAUCAACUUUUAAAAAAUGACAACAAAAUGAAAACCUAUCCAAGAAAUAUCCAAGAAAUAUCUAUCCCCCUGGAAGUCAAAAGGAAGAUCUGAAAUGAUUCCUGGUUUGAAGAAAUAACAAAAAUAAAGUAAGCAGAAAUUAAAACCUGUAUAGAAAUGGUCAACAUUAUUAGCCAGACACAAAUGUGUUUGGAGGGAUAAGUGGGAGACUAGUGAUCAGCCUCGGGUCUCUCCAAGGUCACAGGUCUUAGAAAACAGAACCUUUUCCCUGAGUCCAUUUUGGACCUGGCUGGUGCUGUGGCUUCAGCAGGUGUCUGACAUGGGGACAAAGGCGUAGAGUUAGAGUAUAUCCUCCUUCCCAACCUUCCUAUAGUAAUAGGUAGGAAAGCACAGUAGAAGAUAAUGGAAUGUUGUAGAAUGUGGAGGGAUGUAAAAUGGGCAGUAUUAGGAGAGGGAAGCUCAGAGUACAGGAGAGUGAGGGCAUCCGAAACAGUCUUGUGCUGGGGUCUGGGUGGCCAAGCACAGGCAGAUGUCUGUAGCUCCAACAAGGCCGUGGCUCUGUGUCCUUGAGCGAGCACAGCCCGACCCAGCCAAGUUUCAACGGCAAGUGGGAAUACGGGGGUAAUGCCAGAGGAAGUCUGCUCAAGGUGUGGGGGGGGGGGGGGUGAGGGAAACCAGAGAUUAAGGAGGAAGAACGCUGGACUCCAAUGAGAUACAGCUCAGAAGCCCAUACCUCCACAAAGAAGGAUCAGGCCACAUGCUGUCCCAAGGCAGCUGGAAGGUGAGGCCAGAGGAGGCCACUUCUCUGGGCAAGUGGCAAUAACAAGGCAGGGGAAUUGAACUACACAGAGCCUUCAGGUACAAAUGUUUCUCCUGCCUAAACUCAGGUGCUAAACGAACAACAAAAUGAGAACCUCUACUAUGAACACUUUUCAAUGAUAGAUAUGAGAGGCCAUUACAUUCCUGGGAAUGACACCAAGGGGUGCCAUGACAGACAAAUUAGUGGGUCAGUCCCACUCAGAUCCAAUAAGGAAACUUAAUAUUCCUUUGGCCCAUUUUAGAUUUUGGCAAAGCCAGACCUCGUACUCAGAGCUUGCUUGGCUCUAUCCUCCAUAUCACCCAGAAGAUACAGUUAUUACAGAAAGCAAAAUUGGGGCGCCUGGGUGGCUCAGUCAGUUAAGCGUCCGACGUCGGCUCAGGUCAUGAUCUCACGGUUUUUGAAUUCGAGCCCCGUAUUGGGCUCUCUGCUGUCAGUGUGGAGCCUGCUUCGGAUCCUCUGGUCCCCUCUCUCCCUGCCCCUCCCCUGCUGGUUCUCUCACUUUCUCUCAAAAUAAAUAAAAAAAAAUAAAUAAAAUUUUUAAAAAAAGGAAUGCAAAAUUGAGAAGCCAACACAUUGGUGUGUAUUAAUUCAUGUAAACUUUGGAUAUUAGCACAGAAAUGUUAAUAACUAGAAAUUACCAAAUUCUCUGUGUUUGUCUGUUGUGGAAAUAAAACCCCCUGGGGAUGGAUGAAAAAUAUCUGGAAAUUACUUGAAACCGGUGGAUAACUAAAUGGAUGUCACAACUAAAAUGUGCUAUAAUCCAACUGUAUUUUUUUGUCUUCUAAGGGUUGGCUUUGGCAAGCACCGUGCAGUGAAUAUGCAAAAAAAAAAAAAUAUAUUACAUAAAGCCCCAAAAGCUGUUUUAUGUAAACUUCCUGAGUGGGGGAUUUUUGACCAUAAUCUUUGGUAUAUUAACUCUGAUAAUUCUGUAUGUUAAUUGAUUUCAUGUUCUGACAUUUUGACUGGUUUGGGGAAAACUGAAUUGUCCCAAGGUUGAACCCAGAGUUGUGCUGGUAAAUGUUUAACGGGUGGCUCUUUGGGUGGAAAGCCCUGAUUUGCAGUGUUUGCCAAUUUCCGUGGCAGAAAUACGUCCACCAUGGCUGAUUGCAAGCCAUGCGCGUGAUGUCACUGAAUGCAGAAUCGGGAGCCAUGUAUACCGCCGACCCUUGUAAGUUGGCGUAGGCCACUGUAUGUACCCAAGGGCGUGUGUGAAACUGCAGUUUUUUACUAAAACUUCUGCCCCAUAGAUAGACAAAGGCACCAGUGAAAGAAAAAAAUAUAUAAAGGGAAAAUAAAAUAAAUUCAAGUUGGGAGCUCAAA